AUGGUACUAUACCAAAACUCUGCUUAUAGUCGUUACGACUUCACGCCCUCGCCAUCGCCGCCGGUUGUCCCCACGCAGCAAUCAUCAGUAUCCGUGAGGGAUUAUCCACCACCGGCGCAGUUGUUCCCGAAUUCGCAGAAUCCACAUCGAGGACCAGAGUCUCAAUCUCACGAGCAACCAUCUCCACGCGGUCAACAGCAACCAUCUCCACGCAGUCAACAGCAACCUGUCUCUCAACAACGACACGAGCAAGCUUCUGACGCUCAAAGUGUAUUUCCGGAAGAAGAAGAAGAAGCUCUAUUCCCGGUGAAUCUCGCGGAAGACCAGCAACGAAUUCUCAAUGCCUUGCUCACUCAGCCUGGCAGGGAAGCAUACACCACAGUCCUCUCUCCCAUAAAGAAGCCGAACACAACAUGGUUUGGGCGUGACAAGUCUUCCCUUACUCGGAAGAUAACAAAAAUUUUCUGUAACAAGUUCGAUGGCCCAUUUUAUAGCUGGACAUGUGUGCCUCGGGAGAGACAAGAAAGAUUCUUUGUUGAAUUCGCGAAAACCCACACCUUGGAUCCUUUAUUAACCGGUGUGGUUCAAGAAAGGUUUGAGAGAGUAUGUCUCCUCCGGAUGAAAGACAUGGUCAGCAAGGUUAGGGCUUCUCGAGAACAACCAAACUGGAUUGGAGAUACUCUUUGGAAACAAAUGACAGAGUAUUGUGACACUGAAGAAGCCAAAGAGAAGAGUUCCACCACAUCAGCUGCUCAGAUGUCUGAGCGUAAUGGACUUGGUCCUCAUGUUCACUUCUCAGGGCAGAAGUCAUGCCUCCAAAUCCAACAAGAAAUGGAAGAAGAGUUGGGAAGACCGGUGAGCCUUGGUGAAGUUUUCAUCAAGGUUCAUACAAAACGAGAUGGAACGUUUGUAGACCGAAAGUCCAAGAAUGUGGCUGAGGCUUAUAGGAAGAACCUGGAUUCCAAGUUGGCUGACCUCGGGAUAGACUCAGAGACUUCAGAUGGUACUUCACCAUCGUUGGGGCUAACCAUAGAAGAGGAGAAUGAGAUUUUUCUUCAGUCGACUUUCAUAAAUGAGCGAGGUAUUCCUUAUGCAAUUGGAAGUCUUUCAGAGACACAUGUCAAUGGAAAGAGGAAAUGCCCAGGAAGCUCUUCAACAUACAAGGGAUUGGAAGAGCAGCUACAAGAAGCUCAUCGCAAAAUAGAAGAACAAGCGGCUGAGAACUCCAAGCGUGAAGCAGAGCAACAAGCCAAGCUGGACAAGUUAUCUAUGGUGGAAAAGUAUUUGACUGAAACUGAUCCAAAGUUCAUGGAUUUUUUGGCUGCAAAUCAAACUCUUCCAAGUGAUCCAACUCACUCUUAA